AUGUCAAGUGAGAUAAAUCUAUUUGCUGGCCCAAUAAUAGAACCCGACAGCCCAGAAGAUAUAGAGAUAACCACAUCCUUGAAUUCCCGUUUUGACCAGCUCGAGAUUGUGAAGAAACUACGAGAAGAUCCAGAUUAUACGGAAUGGGAGCCAUAUGGGAACUUUACUGAAGAAGAGAAGAAGGCAAGGCUUACUAAAAACACCCUCAAAUCUGUCUUAUACCUUGGCAACGGGCUUGAUGGAUGGCCUACUGUUGUGCAUGGUGGUGCAAUCGCUACAAUUCUUGACGAAAAUAUGGGCCGUUUAGCCAUCGAGAAUCUACCCGAGCGCACAGGGGUUACUGCCAAUCUCAACAUAUCCUAUAAAGCCCGCCUCGGGCGAGACCAAUACAUAAUUGUCGAGGCAAAAUAUGAUCGCCUCUUGAGUUCUGAAAGAAAGGCAGUUAUUGAAGCCGUCAUUAAGGAUGGUAAAGGGAAAGUCUACUCGGAGGCCAAAGCAUUAUUUGUGUAUCCUAAAAAACUGAAGUUGAGGACACUGGGAGAGAAAUUUUAG